AUGACGGUGCAGUCACGAUUGACAAAGGCCGACUAUCUGUAUUGGGAUAAGUGUGAUCAAAAUGGCGGCGAAGUUGUCUUGCAGCAUACGUCUCAGGGUACACAAACAAUGGGGUCUCCACAGGAAGAAAUAGGUUUCCGGGAAUGUCCGAUGAUUGACGAAGAUUGUUUUCCGGAAGACACGGCGGAAUCAUCCCGCCCACCUGAACCAGCCAUAUUGCCCGAACAUGUACAGAGGAGACACGCGAGAAGACGAGAUGUACUGGAAAGGGUAGAGAGAGACCUCCAAGAACGAUGCGUUUCUCGGAACGGCUUGCUGCUAUGGGAACCUAUAGAAUGGAGCUCAGUGAGUCAGCCUCAGAAUGAAAUGGCGCCUCUCAUGUCGGAAACCCUACACGGACAUCAUCGAAAUCGGCGGGACCGUUUGUUUCAGUCAGAGGAGGAUUUUUUCAGAUCGGACGAGACCAACGACUUCUCGCGGGAUUUCCACGAGGAGAGACCUGUUCGCGAGAUUUCUCCGGUUCGUGAUCGUGAAGCUGCACAACUCCCGCCAAACAAGCGAGGAAAGUUGGUGACGUUUUUCAGAAAUGGCGAUCCUUACUUUCAGGGUUUUACGACAUCCGUAAACGAAAAAGACUUUCGAAAUUUGCAAACGCUAAUGGAAUGGCUAACGGAAAAAGUGGAUAUGCCAUCAGGAGUUCGGUUCGUAUUCAGCCUGCAAGAUGGAAGACAAUUAAAGAGUUUGGAAGAGUUCAAACAUUCGCGAUGUUACGUUGUGUCAGGGUCGAACAAGCUUAAAACCUCGUGUGCUUACGGGCCCAAGAAACAACGCGUCUGGGCAUCAAAGCCUAUAAAUGUGGACAAAAUUCGCAGUGACGACAUUCACUUGUUCCAGGCUACAGACAACAAUAGCGGUUCUCGGACCACUCCAUCUUCCCGUAGGCCCCGCAUCCUGACAAUUAUCAGCAAUUUGGACAGGUCAAGUAGGGAAAAACUCAUUCUGAACCCACAAACGACCUUGACCUUUGAGGAACUCUUGUCUGAUCUGACGUCACUGAUUCGGGUCCCACGUCCACCAGUCAAAGCCUUGUUUACAGAAAGGCCUCCGCAUGCUCAGAUUCAGAGUUAUUCUCAACUGUUACGAGAGUUUAAGGAUCACGUGAACUUCUUAGCCUGUGGGGAAGAAGGGAAGCCAACGGAG